UUCCUUGUAAUUGGCGUAUUAGCUCCUUUAAUGGGCUAACUUUUGCGUUUGAACUCCAAGUAAAAUAAAGCUGAAAGCCCUUCAAAAACACUAGGCCCGGCCUAAAAUGAUGGAUUUCUCGAGGAAAGCUAACUGAGGCUCCCCCCUGGUUAGCUAAUCUAGAAAUUUCAAGGGAACAAGGUGCAACGAGUUCGCGCCGCCCCACACCUUCUUCUUCGAUCUACAGGGGUGCGCGAUUUGCUGGGUCUAUAGUCGCCGACUUCAAUUGCCGUCGAGCGGUGGUCGGCUGUUGUUCAAUUGAAUUUUCAACGGACUACUGUUAUCUGUUCUCCUGAUGGAUAUUAUACGGCGUAAGAAUGCUUGUGUGUAUAUGGCCGUAGAGGAAAUUUUGCAUGAUCAGAUGAUGCAAAUUUCGGUCGUUGUCGAUGCUGUUGAUAGGGCAAGGUCCCAGAAACGUAAGCGUAGAGUUCUAGCUGUGCCGUAUGGGAUGCUGCAUAGAAUCCCAGAUCAAGUAAAGCACCUUAAUCGAAUUAUAGGUUUUAGCGAUGUCGAUUGUCUAACAAAUUUGAGGAUGGACCGAAAUACAUUCGGUAGGCUAUGUCUGUUGUUGAGAGACUUGUGUGGGCUGAAAAAUGGUAGGUUUGUGUCUGUGGAGGAGCAAGUUGCGUUAUUUCUUUCUGUACUUGCUCACCACAAAAAGAAUCGUGUUGUUAAGUUCGAUUUUUGGAGAAGUGGGCAGACCGUGUCACAUUAUAUUCAUGUUGUGCUGAGAGCUGUCUUGCGUCUCCAUGGUAUACUGCUGGUAAGGCCCACCGCGGUACAGGAAGCUUCAACCGACCCGCGUUGGAAAUGGUUUAAGGGUUGCUUAGGUGCAUUAGACGGCACAUACAUCAAUGUUAUGGUGCCAAAUAUUGAUAAACCGCGGUAUCGAACAAGGAAGGGACAGAUUUCAACAAAUACACUUGCAGUUUGUGACAAAGAUAUGAAGUUUGUAUACGUUUUGCCGGGAUGGGAGGGAUCAGCCGCAGAUGUUAGGAUUUUGCGCGACGCGUUGAACCGACCUAAUGGAUUGAAGGUGCCUAGGGGCUCUUACUAUCUCGUAGAUAAUGGAUACGCCAAUUCCGAGGGGUUUCUCGCACCCUAUAAAGGGGUUCGGUAUCAUCUCAAAGAGUGGGGACCUACAGCCGUACGCCCACAAAACGCUCAAGAAUUGUUCAAUAUGCGCCACACGAAGGCUCGGAAUAUCAUUGAACGUGCCUUCGGUGUUAUGAAGAUGAGGUGGGGGAUUUUGAGGAGCUCUACGUUUUAUCCCGUGAAGGUCCAGAAUCGACUUAUUAUGGCGUGUUUUUUAUUGAAUAAUUUCAUUAGAACGGAGAUGGACGUGGAUCCUAUCGAACAAGCAUUCGAUAAUCUACCACAUGAUAAUGCUUUCAAUGAACCGGAGCACGGAGAGUAUGUGGAUGCAGUUGAGUCGUCUCCCGAAUGGGCUGCGAAGCGUGAUGCCAUUGCCCGAUCAAUGUGGCAAGAAUAUGUUGCAAUGCACUGACUUCAUUGGGAUAUAUAAAUUGUCGUGUCAUUUAUUUUUGAACCUCAAUUUCCAUUAUUUUGUGAGGACAAGAAAUUAUUGUUUGUGACAUUUUCUG